GGAGGUGAUCAGGUUGGGAGGACACGCCCUUAACUUUGGGAGGGUGCAGGAGGUGCACAUGCUGCUCCUCAGCUGCUGAUCAGUCUCUUGUUGGGAGAGCAAAGCUCAGAUAUUCAGGGUGGGAACUUGAGAACAGUGAGUGUUGCUUUUUUUCUUUGGCACAUCCGCCGUCGAGCUCAGCUUGCUUGUAAUUUACCACCUCCCCGUGGUCCCGGAGAUUUGGGGGGGGGCGGGGAUCCACCUGCCACACACACACACACCUCGGGAUGGAUGCCCUCAAAUCCGCCGGCAGAGCGAUUAUCAAGAGCCCCGGAGUUCCGCGGCACACAUGGGGAACUUCAAAACACGAAAAGCUGCCGGAGAACUGGACAGACACAAAGGAGACUCUGCUGGAGGGCAUGGUGUUCAAUGUUAAGUACCUGGGUAUGACUCUGGUAGGCCAGCCCAAAGGAGAAGACAUGGCCUCAGCUGCCAUUCGCAGAAUUGUUGCCACGGCCAGAGCCAGUGCAAAGAAGUUUCGGAAAGUCACACUGACAGUUUCACCGAAGGGCAUCGUCCUCACAGACACAGAGACUACAGACCUCAUAGAAAACGUCUCCAUAUACAGAAUCUCGUACUGCACAGCAGAUAAAACUCAGGAUAAGGUCUUUGCAUACGUCUCCCAGAGUCAGUUCAACGAGACCCUGGAGUGUCACGCAUUCCUCUGCCAAAAGAAGAAGAUUGCUCAGGCUGUGACAUUAACAGUAGCCCAGGCUUUUAAAGUAGCCCUUGAUCUUUGGGAGAUUGCUCAGGAGGACAAAAGCAAGAAGGCGAGGACCUGCUGUUCUUGUGCGGCAAACAACGGGCAGUCAGAGACAACAAACCCUCAGUGUGUUCCUGCAGAUCCAGAAGCACACAAGCCCGUCGGGAUGGAGGAGAAGCUCCGGAGGCCCUUCUUCUCUGCUUCACUCAGCUCGCCCUCACCUCGUAGUAACCCUACUCGAAGGCGACCGAUCAAGCAUGACUCUUGGGACGUGGAGGAUGGACUCGAUGACGCAUUCUCAAGCAACAUGGAAGUAGACGAGAUGGACACGGACUGGCCGAGUCCCGCUCCGAACCCGUCUCUGACGAUGCAGCUUUGAGUCCCCAGGAGGUCUCCGAGGAUAAUCUGUUAUGCAACAAUGAUUUUGAAUAACACACACCGGCAAUAUCUGCUCGACACCGCAGAAAUUAAACGGAAAUCAUACCACGGCACCAAGACCAACAAAAAAAACCAACAAAACAACAUUCAGCACUUGAACAGACAGCUAAACAUUCACGCUUCUCAGUGCACAACCCGAAUCAGAGAUGAUCUAUUUGAUAUUCUUCAGCUGCUGCAGAGAAGCAGCCAGAAUGAAUACCCUGAUAUUAUUAUAAACUGCUUUUUCUGUGAAUGCUGCCAGUCAGCGCUUACUUGACUCGAGUGUAAACAGCCAUUUCCUGCUAUAUUCAAAUUCCUACAAACUGUCAGGUGAAAAACGAUGCACAGUGUGCAACACAUCACUGCAAAGCAAGCAAGGCUGACACAUUUCUACUCAAAGAUGUUCUCUUGGAAGAUGUUUGGAUGAAUACUAUGUCCUCCUUUUAAUCUAAAUUUGUAAAAAGAAAAAAACUUUCCCAUGUGGUUCAACUUCUGAUGAAGAUUUUUCUCGGCAUCAAGAAGUCCAGUGUGUAUAUAAAGCUGGCAUCUCUUUCUAAAAAUAUGAAAGCUCUCUGAUCCUGAUGUUUGCUUGAUGGACUAACGGCUGCCAGUCUCUGUAGGGAUUCCAGUUGUCAUCAGCAAAAAUGGUACAAAUCCUUAAUCAUGUUACUGGAUGAAUUAUACAUCCAUCGUUCAGUUUGUUGUGCUGAUUCAAGCAGUGAAACAGCAUGUGAUACAGACAUGCUGUGCCAUGUCAUCUUUUUAUUAAUUGCAACAUAAAUAUGUUGGGGGGGAAAAAAGGCAAGUAUAAAUACUGGAAAAUAAGGAAAUGUUUGUGAAAGAUACCAACAAAUAAAACAUAAGUUUUUUUUGUUUUUGUUUUUUUUCUUGCUAAAACUUCCCAACAAAUUUGGGGAGACAGAAUUUAGUACGCCUGUUUUUAUCCCACACUUUCUGCUUCUGUAUCUGCUGAGGAAGAGGAUGAGGUGUAGCUGUAAUAUUGAAGGUCAAGAAUAAACCUUGAAACUGGAGUUUAGUUUUUGCUCUAUAGUGUAAGACAUUUACAGUUACUUUUUCAUUCAGUGUCAUUAUUGGGGGUAACGCAGUGCAUUCAGUAGUAGCUUAGGGACCGUCAGGUAAUGCACUUGACUAAGAACUACAGUUUGACAUUUAAAAAGGUACUCCAGUGAUUUUAGUAUCGCACUUUCAUAAAGUGGUGUGCUUAAAAGCUAUUCGCAAAAUGUGAUAGAAAUUGAAGCAUAGCGGCAAAGAUAUCCUCCUAUUAGUAUGGGCCAAGCUCCAAAAACACACAAUCCUGCAUUUCCCAUAAUACAGUUUAACAACAACAAUCCUAAACACCCACGUAUUUCAAACUUAACACUUUUAGUUUGUCAGACAGGCACUGUGUUAAAAAAAACAUAACUAUGACAUCAUCGGGGUUAUUUUUUUGAGACUUUGUCACGCUCCCUCAGGAUGUAUUCACAAGCUGAGUAAUACUAAUCAUGAUGAUGGUUAAGACACUCCAACAAUUAAUUAAUUAAUAAUCCAUUGAUAACCUUUGCUUGAUGUUAACGUCAAUAGAAUCUCCGUUCUUAUAACAAGAUUGUGUUUGCACUAAAAGGCAACUUUUCUUGGACUGACGUAACCUCUAACAAUCAGUUUCAGCGCUGUCGUACUUGAACAUGGCUUAUGUAACCAAAAUUUACAUCCUGUCAUCUCUUCAUUCAGUCUGCUGUACAUAAGGAUGAUGUUACUGUUGAAGAAUAGCGACAGUGUAGGAUUAUGAAGACAACCGUAUGGACAGGCCAAACUAUUAGAGAACAGAAACCUAUUUCCAUAUGCCGUAUUUUUUCUAUGUCAGAGCUGUGUAAUUUAUGUACGCAUAUUGUAUGAUUCUAAAUGAAGUAGGAUUAAUAGAAUCAGGGCUUCAAACAAGUGUUUUUUCAAACAUAAUUAUGACUUGUUGAGAUGUGAAUGUGUAGAUGCUUGUAUGUUUUGCAUUAGGUUAGAUGAUUUGUAAAUGUAAUUGUGGUUUUUAUUACUGCAGGAAUUGCUUUAUUUUUUCUAAAUAGCCAUUAGUAACCAACGUACAGAAUACAGUUAUAAAUUAUCCUAUUCUUAAGUCAGUGACCAUCUGUUACAUCAAUCGACGCAGUUCACAUUUUUCAUCUCUUGUCUGCAAUCUGUGCCACAAAACAUGUCCUUCGUCCCAAAUCUUAUAAUAGACUAGUUGCUGCUCUGCUCAGAUUCAGCAAAUUAUUUUUAUCCACAGCUCAGAUGACGCGCACUGUCAAGAGAAUAUUAUAAUGUGCCUCGGUCUGGCUGAAGUGGUCUUUCUCUCUGUAUUCAUGGCAUCAUGACUGAGUAUCAUUGUGAUGGCAGGAGGCGGGAGGUAGCGGGCGGCUCUGUGUUGUUGUCAUGACACCCGCUGCCGAAUAAUUGGAUGGCUUAUCAGGUUACGCCAUGAAGCUUAAUUGCAUUGUUUCAUUCCUGACUGGCUGAUAUAGCAGCUCCACUGCAUAUUUAAAGGGAGCACUGUACUGUUUGGAUAUCACAAAUAUCCCACGUAACCACUGAGCCAUGUUUUCAUUUUAGUAUUGACUGAAGUUCAAGGUCAGCAGAGAAAAUGAAGUGUUGUCAUUUUGCCUUAGACUUUUCCUCACGAGUAGAAAUUCUUUCUUUCUUUCUUCUUUUUUUUUUUUUGCAACAUUUUGUCACCUUUUAUGCUCCGUCAUUGACUGACCGAUUGAUUCGUGUUUAGAUGUUUCCGUAUCCGCAGAUUCAGUGCUAUUGAGUGAUAUUUGGAGAUGGGCUGAUGUCCAGGAGCUCUCAGACUCAGAAUUGGAUUUCAAUAAUGACAACCAACAACAUAAGAAUUUUGAAGCACACGUUUUGUAGAGGUUAAGUUGUUUCUACACAGCUAAACCACAAACUGCACUAUUAGAUAUUACACUUAGAUAUAGUCUUCAUGCUGUAUUCGCCCUUCUUAAUAGAGAUUUAGCCAAUAUAAUUAACAUUUACAGCCAAACCCCACUGGAUCCUUAUUUAGAAUUCAUUAAUCCAUGCAUAAAUUAUAUGACUGUGUGAAUCGAUCUAGUUGACUGUACAGGUAUGUAGGCAGUAUACCGUAUACAGCAGAAUGAUGUGGCCAGAUUCUCAGUAAAUCUCAGCGGUUCUUUGGUGCAGCCAAGAAAUGGGAGGGGAGGCGAGCGUAGAGAAGAAAAGGGGAGGCAGACCCACACUUGGAGGUAUAACAUGCCAAUUUGAGUCUGGAGUGCACUGAAUACAAAUCAGCCUGUGAAGGUUUUGAGGCCAGAACACAUCUAAGGCUUG